AUGGACACAUACUACAAACAAGUCAACAUUGCACAUCCACCACCCAAUGCAAACAACCUACAAUUUAAUGCCCCACGUGCAAUCGAAUACCAUCCAAGGUUACUAGACAAAACGGAAGAGUGGAAAGAUAACGAAUGGAAAAACUGGAUGGGGAAAUUGGAAGGAGAGUGGAUUGAUUUCAACAAUACAAUAGAAAGGGAAAAGGGAAAAUGGUUAAGUGGAAAGGAAAAGGAUUGGGACGAAUUUAUACAAUAUAUGGAUAACAAAUGGAUGCACUAUCAUGAGGCCUUAGAUGAAGAAGUCAAAUCAGACAUAUUGAAGAGAUCCCUAACCCUAGACGAAGUGGAAUGGAAAGACUGGAUGAAAACAGAGGGAAAAGAAUUAAUGGAGAAGGAUUGGAAAAACUGGAUUACUAAUAAUGAAUCCUAUUUAGACGUAUGGAGUGUUAAAGAAUGGCUCAAAUGGAAGAACCAAAGAAUUGUUACAUGGAUUAUGACGGAUUGGAAAUGUGAAGAAGACGAAUAUUGGUCCAAGUGGGAAGAGUCCUGGGCUAAAUCACCAAACAUGCAUGACAGAACGAACUGGCUCAACUGGAGAGAGAGAUUGAACAAGGAAAUGGUUCAGUGGAACAGUUGGGUUAUGAUGAAAGAACAACAGAUCAGAGAAAGCAGAUCCAACAAUUGGUCCAAGUGGAAGAGCGACAAACACGUUAUGUUCAAUUUGUGGAUGGAUGCCUUCAUCAACAGAUGGAUUAAUGAAAAGCAGUGGUUCGUGUGGGUCAAGGAGAGAAACCAGCUAAAAUCAAGGGGAAGAUACAUGGGCUACAAAUAA